AUGCACCUUCUCCGCCGCCUCAUCUUUCAACGACUGCCCAAGAUCACGACAAAACACCGCCGUCAUGCAGAUCUUCGUGAAGACUCUCACCGGCAAGACCAUCACGCUGGAGGUCGAGUCAUCGGACACAAUCGACAAUGUGAAGAGCAAGAUCCAGGACAAGGAGGGCAUUCCCCCGGACCAGCAGCGCCUGAUCUUCGCCGGAAAGCAACUCGAGGAUGGCCGCACCCUGUCCGACUACAACAUCCAGAAGGAGUCGACUCUGCACUUGGUCCUCCGUCUCCGUGGCGGCAUCAUCGAGCCUUCGCUCAAGGCGCUCGCCUCCAAGUACAACUGCGACAAGAUGAUCUGCCGCAAGUGCUACGCUCGUCUGCCACCGAGGGCUGUCAACUGCCGCAAGAAGAAGUGCGGCCACACCAACCAGCUCCGCCCCAAGAAGAAGCUCAAGUAAAUGCUUCGCUCCCUACGGCGUCUGGCGAGAGUUUCGGGGUCAUGUGGAGAUACGAUUAUGCAACGAAUGCAUGCGACGGACAUGAGGGCAUGGUCUCUUCUUUGGCACUUUCUACCUACAUACGGCAGCACCCGGGCAUGUAGAGUGAAUCGAUAACAAACCUUUUCCUUUCGUGCAAAAUAUCAAGGACAUGGCCGAGGAGUGUGCGUGCAGAGCCUGUAACGAAAUGAAAAACAUCUCCAGCUUC